AUGAAGGAAUAUCAAGUAUAUUUAGAACGAGCUAGAUCUCGCCAACAGGACUUCCUAUACCCACUUAUUUUUCGGGAGUAUAUUUAUGGACUUGCUUAUAGUCAUAAUUUUAAUAGAUCCGUUUUUCUGGAAAAUGUAGGUUCUGACAGUAAAUAUAGUUUACUAAUUGUAAAACGUUUAAUUACUCGAAUGUAUCAACAGAAUCAUUUAAUCAUUUCGGCUAAUGAUUCUAACAAAAAUCCAUUUUGGGGCUAUAAUAAUAAUUUUUAUUCUCAAAUAAUAUCAGAGGGUUUUGCCAUCGUGGUGGAAAUUCCAUUUUUCCUAGAAUUAAGCUCUUCCUUAGAGGAGGCAGAAAUCAUAAAAUCUUAUAAAAAUUUGAGAUCAAUUCAUUCCAUUUUUCCCUUUUUGGAGGAUAAAUUUACAUAUUUCAAUUAUGUGUCAGAUAUACGAAUACCAUAUCCUAUCCAUCUGGAAAUUUUAGUUCAAAUCCUUCGAUACUGGGUGAAAGAUGCCCCUUUUUUUCAUUUAUUACGAUUGUUUCUUUAUAAUUUUAGUAAUUGGAAUAGUUUUAUUACUACCAAAAACUCGAUUUCUACUUUUUCAAAAAGUAAUCCGAGAUUAUUCUUGUUCCUCUAUAAUUUUUAUGUAUGUGAAUAUGAAUCUAUCUUCCUUUUUCUACGUAAUAAAUCCUCUCAUUUACGAUUAAAAUCUUUUAACGUUUUUUUUGAACGAAUUUUUUGUUAUGCAAAAAGAGAACAUCUUGUAGAAGUUUUUGCUAAGGAUUUUUCGUAUACUUUAACAUUCUUCAAGGAUCCUCUCAUUCAUUAUGUUAGAUAUCAAGGAAAAUACAUUCUGGCUUCAAAGAAUUCGCCUUUUUUGAUGAAUAAAUGGAAACAUUAUUUUAUUCAUUUAUGGCAAGGUUUUUUUUAUGUUUGGUCUCAACCAAGAACGAUGAAUAUAAACCAAUUAUCCGAACAUUCAUUUCAGCUUUUAGGCUAUUUUUUAAAUGUGCGGGUAAAUCGUUCAGUGGUACGGAGUCAAAUGCUGCAAAAUACAUUUUUAAUCGAAAUUUUUAACAAAAAACUCGAUAUAAUAGUUCCAAUUAUUCCUCUGAUUAGAUCGUUGGCUAAAGCGAAAUUUUGUAAUGUAUUAGGGCAUCCUAUUAGUAAGCCGGUCUGGGCCGAUUCAUCCGAUUUUGAUAUUAUUGACCGAUUUUUGCGAAUAUGCAGAAAUCUUUCUCAUUAUUACAAUGGAUCCUCAAAAAAAAAAAGUUUGUAUCGAAUAAAAUAUAUACUUCGGCUUUCUUGUAUUAAAACUUUGGCUUGUAAACACAAAAGUACUGUACGCGCUUUUUUGAAAAGAUCAGGUUCAGAAGAAUUAUUGGAAGAAUUCUUUACAGAGGAAGAAGAGAUUCUUUCUUUGAUUUUUCCAAGAGAUUCUUCUACUUUGCACAGGUUAAAUAGAAAUCGGAUUUGGUAUUUGGAUAUUCUUUUCAGCAACGAUCUGGUCAAUGAUGAAUGA